AUACAUGAGCGUAUUUCAAUACAAAGGCAUAUGUAGUCUUAAGAGAAUCUUGAGAGUCAUAAGAUGGAUGACUUUAAUAAUACUCGUUUUUGUAGUGCAAACAAUACGAGUUUACUCACCAAAGAGUAAUAUUUAGAGUGUUUUGCCACAACCCUCACCACACAUCUUUGUGUUUGCUAAAUUUAGUUUGUCCUUUCGAAAACAUUUCACUGUACUGGUUGUGGUUGUUUUCACCCUGCUACCUCAAGAGAGAUCCUCUUUUUGAAAUCUUUCCGACGCUACACUGAACAAUGUGAGUUUCUGGCACUGUAUAGUGGAUGAACAGAUAUAUAGCCAAACCAUAAAUAUAUAUAAAAAGUGUACAUGUAUAUUGUAAAUGAAAAGACAACACUACAGGUAUGAUAGUCGCUAAGGAUGGGUCCUAAUCAUUAACUGCUUAUUAAUUGUCUUUACUUUUGAAUUUAUUUUGUAGCGGCUAGCUGUACAGUAAAAUCUGAAUUUCAAACAGUUAUUCAGUCUUUUCUAGGGGCGCCGUUUUUGCCCUGGUUGAUCACUGAUCAUUUUUAAACCAUGACGGUGGGUCGUAAUCGGAAAGAUUAUCAAGGCAAACUUUUUUCUCCACUGAAUGAAUUGAAACGCGCAGUAAAAAAGUAAAUAAUGUCCAUCUCUUGAUCAUUUUAAAGUCAACUUACAUUAAAAAGAAAAGGCUUGUGACUAGUCAGCAGCAAAAAUAAUGUUUCUCCGCUUUAAUGUAAAUCCUUACAUUAAUUUGAUUUGCGCAAGCUCUUAGUAAAUCUGGUCCUACAAAGAAAAAGAAUGAUUGGGAUUUGAUCUGAUGCAUCAGAAAGCGAUUUGAUCUAGAAAACAUGAUCAGAAUGAAAAGACACAGAUGGAAAAUAGUGAAUAUUUGUUCUUAGAAAUUUGCAGACAGGACCAAGACCAGGAUAGUAAAUAAUCAAUUCCACGCCUCAAUGUUAAAUUUACAUUGCAAAUGCAAAGGUUUUUGUUGACUAGAAUACCUGUGUUAACUGAGGAAUGGUCAUUAUUAGGUAUCUCGCGAAGGGUUGUCACAUAUCUAGUAUGAAAUAGCCAUGGUGAAUAAAAGAGUAUGGAAGAGAUACAUAAAUGGUCUCAUUUUGCUUACAGUAACAUUGGCCUUGUUUGCAAUCCUACACAAAUUUGAACUCCGUAUCAAGCCUGCUAUGUAUCCCGAAACCUUUAAUAGAGCUGUAAAUCACAUAAGAUCCUAUUAUAUAAUGACGCAAACAAAAGCCACCGCAGCACCCCCUGUGAGCGAACCAAUUUCACUUCAAUAUCAUAAGGCUCAUCCCCUCAACUAUCAUUUCACUCUGGACGAACCUGAUAAAUGUAGUCAGUGGGAUCCGUUCCUGGUCUUGAUGGUCCCCGUGGCACCUCAUGACGUAGCUGCUCGUAACGCCAUCCGGAGCACAUGGGGGAAUGAGAGCUCAGUGCAGGGAAAAGCAGUGCUGACUCUGUUCUUGGUGGGUUUGUCUGGAGGAGCUGAAGCUCAACAGCAGCUGGAGGAAGAGAGUCGACAACACAGAGAUCUACUGCAGAGCGACUUUGUGGACUCCUACUUCAACCUGACCAUAAAGACCUUGGUGAUCAUGGACUGGUUGGCCACUCGCUGCCCUCAAGCAACUUAUGCUAUGAAGGUUGAUUCAGACAUGUACAUAAACCCGGAGAACCUGAUGAGCCUUUUAUUGUCACCCAACACACCCAGAGAGAACUACAUCACAGGAUAUUUGAUGUGUGACCAGUCUGUCAUAAGAGACAAAAACUCUAAAUGGUACGUUCCAGAGGAGAUAUACCCCGAACUGAAAUACCCCACAUACCUGCUGGGAAUGGGAUAUGUUUUCUCCAAUGACCUUCCAGAAAAAAUUGUGGAAAUUUCCAAGGAAGUAAAGCCCUUUAACAUAGAAGACGCAUAUGUGGGUGCUUGUCUGAAACGGUUGGGCUUUGCACCCUCACCUCCCCCAGACCCUUCACAGUUUAGAGUCUAUCUGGAACAAUAUAAGCGAGAGAAUUUUCUUAGCAUCAUUUUGGUGAUAUUGGGAUCUCCACAGCAGAUAUUGGAUGUCUGGAAGGAUGUAAAGAGGCCCACAUAAAAGAAGAAAAAUAAUGACAAUAAAAAAUGGUUUAAAAACAAUAUAUUGGUGCCUUAAAACCACACAAUGGGAGCUGAUUCUUUAAACAAAUUAUACGAUUACUGUUAUCAGUUUGAAUGGAUCAGUCAAUUUAAAAUGAAAUUUUCAUGAAAAAAAAUUAAAUACUACCCUAAUCAACUGGAAUCAAAUCAAAAUUGUAUAGCCUUUCAAGGAGAGAGUGUUCCUUAUUAGUUUAAAUUUUUAGGGAUAAUUCUGUAUGUAAAUAUGCCCAUCAAUUUACACUGCUUUCCAACUGCUUUCCAGACCAAUCUGCUGUGCCGCAGUUUGUUCUGUUUUAAAGUAAAACACGGAAACAGAUGAGAUAAGCAGAUGUGUAUGUAAAAAUAUCAUAUAUGGUGUUAGAAAAAUAAAUUUCAUAGCAGAUGUGAACA